CAGCUUCCAUCUUCUGCCCGCCGUCCACUGUUGAACCCCUAAUUUUCUCUUUCCUCUAUGUAAGCUCACUUUCUCUCUCUUCAGAUUUUCAGUCAUUUCAAUCAACCAAUUUCAGAUCUUUCUUUAUAAAUUUAAAAUUCGAUUUGAAGGGAAAUGGGGCUUUCGUUCGGAAAGUUGUUCAGUAGGUUAUUUGCGAAGAAAGAAAUGAGAAUUUUGAUGGUCGGUCUUGAUGCGGCUGGUAAGACCACUAUUUUGUACAAGCUUAAGCUUGGAGAGAUUGUUACUACCAUUCCUACUAUUGGAUUCAAUGUAGAGACUGUUGAAUACAAAAACAUUAGCUUUACCGUGUGGGAUGUUGGAGGUCAAGACAAGAUUCGACCUUUGUGGAGGCAUUAUUUCCAAAACACCCAAGGUCUCAUCUUUGUGGUGGAUAGCAAUGAUCGUGAUCGUGUUGUUGAGGCGAGGGAUGAACUGCAUAGGAUGUUGAAUGAAGAUGAGCUGAGGGAUGCUGUCCUGCUGGUAUUUGCCAACAAACAAGAUCUUCCAAAUGCAAUGACUGCUGCUGAGAUUACCGACAAACUUGGUCUCCACUCCCUCCGCCAGCGUCACUGGUAUAUCCAAAGCACAUGUGCUACUUCAGGUGAAGGUUUAUAUGAGGGAUUGGACUGGCUGUCCAAUAACAUUGCCAACAAGGCAUAGAGUACGGGUUCUGCCUGACUGAGCUUAAGAUGAAGUACAUGCAAAAUUUGCAGCACCUGCUCAAGUGGGUGAAGUCAAGCUUUUGGCCUUUGUUUUUUCUUUGCAAUAUUAAAGAUCGCAAGAGUGAUUUAGUGUUGAUGUGAUAAUGCUUAUGAAGGUUUUGUUAUGCUCAUAGAAAUUUCUAUAUCGAUACUUUUGUAGAUUUAGGAUAACUGUAGUGUGUCUCAGGAAAGUGUUUGUUUCAUGUUGAUACAUACUGUGGCUGUAAUAUUCUUUUGGAACCGACUAUGGUAGUUCCAUUACUAAAUCAUGCUUUGAUAAUUGGUGUGAA